AUGGUAAAUUCUUCAGGCUCAAACAUUAUUGUCGAUCCUGAUGGAGAUUUGAUUCUUCUUAUAAAUCAAACCAAACCAAAGUCCACCAGCUGUUUGUCAAUACCAGGUGCUGGUGCCAUCGCUGCUGCAACUAAUGAUGAUUCUGGCUCCACCGACUCAGAAAUGACAAGAUCACUUGAGUUUGAAACAUCGGAGGACGAUUCGACCCUGGUCUACAAUGAUCGAAUACUGGUAUCUUCAAAGCAUAUGUCUCUCGCAUCUCCGGUAUUUAAAGCAAUGCUCCAAGGUGGCUUUCGAGAGGGUAUUGAAUUAAAAACAACGGGAAAAGUCGAAGUUCCUCUUCCAGAUGACGAUCCCGCUGCCAUGAGAAUAUUGAUCAAUAUUAUUCAUGGUCGUAUGAACUCAGUUCCGUUGAAUAUUGACCUGGAGUUAUUCACGCAAAUGGCAAUUUUGGCUGAUAAAUACCAGUGUACAGAAGUCGUACGGCCAUUCCCUUCCAUUUGGACAAACGGAUUGACAACUGGAUGGACGACCUCGUCUACCAGCAUUGCCUGUUGGUUAUGCAUAGCCUGGCAUUUCGAGUUGGAUAGUGAGUUCCUUCGAGCUACGCAGUUGAUACAAGGGGAAGGUACUUGUAGCCUUGAGGAGACAAUAUCCGCAAGGGAAUCUAAUCUACCUAUUCCGGAACUUGUAGUUGGUAUGUUUCCUCAGCAUUCGAUAGUGCAUCUGGGCGCAUCACUGACACAUAAAGAUAAACUGGAGUCAUAUCGGAUAGAAGGAAUUGGAAAGGCCGUCCAGGUUCUCAAGGACACUAUAUAUAAAUAUCAACAGCCCGUGCUUCAAUGUACCAGUCGGAUGCUUCCGGGGAGUUGCGAUCGUUAUGGAAGUCAGCACUCGCCGAUGGAGUACACUAAUGUCAAUACUUACAGAAAUGGUUGCGACUCGAUGGUGCUUGGGACUCUUAUAAAGAGUGCGAUUGCAAAUAAUUUGUAUCCUCUCACAGAGCCACCAUACACCUCAUGGUCGCUGCAAUCUUUCACUGCAAAGGCACAACUCCUUGAAGCUAGUACAUUGUGUGGAAAGGUGGCAAACAUAUAUGUGCCCCCACAUACCAUUAAUGUCAUUGACCAGCUCAAAAAAUCGAUACAUUCUAUCGUCAAACCACCCUUAACUUUAGCAGUCUGUAAGGAGCUCGUUAAAAAGACCUGA